AUGACUUCCCAGCAAGCCCAGGCCUCCUCGGCCGCCCCGAUCAAGAAGAUCAAGGUCGUCAACCCCGUCGUCGAGCUGGACGGUGACGAGAUGACCCGCAUCAUCUGGCAGGACAUCAAGGACAAGCUGAUCCUGCCCUUCCUCGACAUCGACCUCAAGUACUACGAUCUCGGCCUCGAGCACCGUGACGCCACCAACGACCAAGUCACCAUCGACUCCGCCGAGGCUAUCAAGAAGUACUCUGUCGGUGUCAAGUGUGCCACCAUCACCCCCGAUGAGGCCCGUGUUGAGGAGUUUAAGCUGAAGCAGAUGUGGCUGUCCCCCAACGGCACAAUCCGCAACGCACUCGGCGGCACGGUCUUCCGUGAGCCCAUUGUCAUCCCCCGCAUCCCCCGCCUCGUGCCCGGCUGGGAGAAGCCCAUCAUCAUUGGCCGCCACGCCUUCGGUGACCAGUACCGCGCCAAGGACCGCGUCAUCCCUGGCCCCGGCAAGCUGUCCAUGGUCUACACCCCGGCCGAUGGUGGUGCCCCCGAGGAAAUUGCCGUCUACGACUUUAAGAACGGCGGCGGUGUUGCCCAGACCCAGUACAACACCGACGAGAGCAUCGAGGGUUUCGCCCAUGCCUCGUUCAAGAUGGCCCUGGACAAGUCCCUACCCCUGUACAUGAGCACCAAGAACACCAUCCUUAAGAAGUACGAUGGCCGCUUCAAGGACAUCUUCCAGGAACUGUACGACACCCAGUACAAGAAGGACUUUGAGGCCAAGAACAUCUGGUACGAGCACCGCCUGAUCGACGAUAUGGUCGCUCAGAUGGUCAAGAGCAAGGGCGGCUACAUCAUGGCCCUGAAGAACUACGAUGGUGAUGUCCAGUCCGAUGUCGUUGCCCAGGGCUUCGGCUCUCUGGGUCUGAUGACUUCGGUUCUGAUCACCCCCGACGGCAAGACCUUCGAGUCCGAGGCCGCCCACGGCACCGUCACCCGCCACUACCGCGAGCACCAAAAGGGCCGCGAGACCUCCACCAAUCCCAUUGCCUCCAUCUUCGCCUGGACCCGCGGUCUGGCCCAGCGUGGCAAGCUUGACGACACCCCCGAGCUGGUCUCCUUCGCCGACGCCCUGGAGCGCGCCUGCAUUGACACCGUUGAUGUUGACGCCAUCAUGACCAAGGAUUUGGCCCUCGCCUGCGGCAAGACCGCCCGCGAGGACUACGUCACGACCACCGAGUACAUGAACGCCGUCGAGCGUCGUAUUCGCACCAGCCUGCAGGAGAAGCUAUAA